AACAGAUUGAAUCUCGAAAACGUGUAUGAACUUGGACAAUAUCUCUGCAGUUUCAAUGGAUCCUUUAGCACCAGAUGCAUCAUCCAUUGCAUCAUCCAUCAAAUACCACUCUGAGUUCACUCCCUCUUUCUCUCCCGAAAGUUUCGAUCUCCCCAAGGCAUAUAUCGCCACUGCUGAGAGCACCGAUUCCCUCAUCAUCAACUGGAACGCCACUUAUCAGUACUAUGACAAGAUAAACGUCAAACAAGCUUACUACUUGUCCAUGGAGUAUCUCCAGGGCAGGGCGCUGUUGAAUGCGGUGGGGAAUUUAGAGCUCACUGGGGCUUAUUCAGAAGCUCUGAAGAAGCUCGGUUAUACUCUCGAACAAGUCGCUGAACAGGAAUCAGAUGCGGCUCUUGGAAAUGGAGGGCUCGGGCGGUUGGCUUCGUGCUUUCUUGAUUCUCUGGCCACAUUGAAUUACCCUGCUUGGGGGUACGGUUUAAGGUACAGAUAUGGACUGUUCAAGCAACGAAUCACCAAAGAUGGUCAAGAAGAAGUUGCAGAGGAUUGGCUUGAGAUGGGUAAUCCAUGGGAGAUUGUCAGGAACGAUGUGACGUACAAGGUGAGGUUUUGUGGCGAAGUGGUUGAGGGAGAGAACGGGAGAAGAGAGUGGACAGGAGGGGAAGAAGUGACAGCUGUUGCCUAUGAUGUCCCGAUCCCAGGAUACGAGACCAAGACAACGAUCAAUCUCAGGUUAUGGUCAACCAAGGUUUCACCAGAAUCGUUCGAUCUCAAGGCUUUCCAUUCUGGUGAUCACUCCAAAGCUUAUGAAGCCAUGAAGAACGCUGAGAAGAUAUGCUAUGUGUUAUACCCCGGGGAUGAAUCAUUCGAGGGAAAAAGACUUAGGUUGAAGCAACAAUACAUGCUUUGCUCAGCUUCUCUUCAAGAUAUUAUCGCCCGUUUUCAGAGGAGAUCGGGAAAAUCCGUGAAAUGGGACGAUUUCCCGGAAAAAGUUGCAGUUCAGAUGAAUGAUACUCACCCGACAUUGUGCAUACCUGAGCUUAUAAGAAUCUUGGUUGACAUCAAUGGCUUAAGCUGGGAAGAAGCUUGGAACAUCACUCGGAGAACCGUCGCGUAUACGAACCACACAGUUCUUCCCGAGGCGCUGGAGAAAUGGAGUUUGGAUCUCAUGCAGGAAGUUCUUCCACGACAUGUCGAGAUUAUAACGAUGAUUGAUGAGGAUCUUAUUCACACGAUAAUCUCCGAGUACGGGACCGAAGAUAAGGAUCUCCUGAAGCAGAAACUGUUCGAGAUGAGAAUCCUGGAUAACAUCGAGUUGCCCGAUUCAGUCACAAAGAUUCUUGCAGCGUCGGAAAGUCUGAAACUUGAUGAUUCCAGUGAAGAACCAUCAUCAUCGUCAUCACCAUCAUCAUCAGAAGAAGAAGAACAAGAAUAAGAAUCUGAAGAAGCAUCGGCUAUGAAGAAGGAGGAUUGGUUUGAGCCAAACCCGAAGCUUUCCAAACUGGUUCGGAUGGCGAAUCUUUGUGUAGCGGGUGGAUUCGCAGUCAAUGGAGUUGCAACGAUUCACAGCGAGAUUGUGAAAAACGAGGUCUUCAAAGAGUUUUACAAGCUAUGGCCAGAGAAGUUUCAGAACAAAACAAAUGGAGUGACGCCGAGAAGAUGGAUAAGGUUAUGCAAUCCCAGCCUGUCGAUAAUCUCCAAGGUUCUUGGAACUGAAGAUUGGGUUGUGAAAACUGAGUUAUUGUCCAAACUUCGAAAGUUUGCUAACAACGCAGAACUUCAAUCUGAAUGGAGAGAAGUGAAAAGACGAAACAAGAUCAGAGUUGCAGAAUUUCUGAAAGAGAAAACAGGCUAUACAGUAAACCCUGAUGCAAUGUUCGAUGUGCAGAUCAAAAGAAUCCAUGAAUACAAAAGGCAGCUUCUGAACAUCUUGGGGAUUGUAUAUCGGUACAAGAAAAUGAAAGAGAUGAAACUGAGUGAGAGGGAAUCGAGAUUCGUUCCUCGGGUUUGCAUCUUCGGAGGCAAAGCCUUUUCCACUUAUGUACAAGCCAAGAGGAUCGUCAAGUUCAUCACUGAUGUCGGAGCAACCAUCAACAAUGAUCCCGACAUUGGAGAUCUUCUCAAGGUUUUGUUUUGUGAAGUCGGUAUCGGAAUCCUCACGGUUCUCUCCGACUCUCAAGAACGAAGAGACAGCGGAGAAGAGAGAAACACGGCGGCCAUCCACACCAAGGUUGGAGGCUCACCGAGAAACACAAGAAACAGGGUACGAGUCACUUACCGACCUACUCCGCGACUCACCUUUGUGACCGCCACCGGUCAGAAGCUUCUCCAUCGCCGGGAAACUCUUCCUCCGUCGCGAUCUUCCUCUCCUUCCCACGAUCGCCUCUGCGAUCGCCUUUUUCUCUCCACCUCGAGCACCGUGUCGCGCCUCUUGUCAAAGUGA